UCCUCCUCUUCUUCCUCUUCGCACAAAUCCAAACAAGAAGAUGGAGGCGAAGAGAAAGACAGCAGCCACAGCAACUGCUGGUGGUGGUGGUGGUGGUGCGCGCACACCGCGCACGCCCCAACAGCAGCAGCAGCAGCAAGCGCAGGGACGACCGGCGUCUUCAAGCAGCAGUGGCAGCUCCACAACAGGGUCUGCUCGCUCUUCUCGUCGUCGCACAGGCCGCCGUUUACCAACACCAGGGGCGAAAGCGCCAGCGACAGCACGGACGCCAUCCAGCAAAGCUCGGCCUGGCAGCGGCUCAUCUGCGGCCGAUGCAGAAGCACGGCGCAAACGCAUGGAGGAAGCGCGUGCGCGCAAGAAGGCAGAGGACAAGGCUCGCCACGAACACAUGGUCGCUCUCGCACAACAGUCCGAGGCUCGAGCGGCCAAGGCAGCACAACGGCGUGCAAAGCAGCCGUCCCCGAAACAACAGCAGAAGCAGACACACGCACCUACAUCCCCGACUCCCUCGCCAGCAGCGAAACACCCAAAGACUGCCAAGACCACACGUUCCCCAGCCAGCAGCACUUCCGCAACCACAGCGAUCGCUGCUGCAGCCACCAAGAAGGACAAUGCCAAAGCAGAUAAGGGGAAGGAGAAGGGGAAAGAGAAAGGAACGGGGAGAACAGGCCUGUUCCGCGCAGCCCGCAUGUCAAAGGGGAAGGAGGAUAAGAACGGCAAGCAAGACAGCAACAAGAAGAAGGCCGAUGUGCAGGUGUCACUCAUGGAAGCGACAACGGCUGGUGCAGCAGCAUCCCAAACGGCGAGCACCAAAUCGCAUGCAGCGCCGCCAUCGCCGACGCGGCCCACGUUUUCUCGCUUCUCUCAACUCGACCCAGCGCCAUCCACGCCCACCACGAGUGCGUCAUCAUCGCGUCGCAGCAGCAAGAGAGAUACGCGCGCCUCCAAGGACGUCGGCAGGGCACAACCUGCCAACGGCGAAGCAGCCGAUGAGGACGUCGGCGGCACACGCGACCGUGAUCGUUCCAACACUGGUGCCGACAGCGACAGCGGUGAGGGCGAGGAUGACGAAGUGACGAGUGCACGCGGGUCUGGCGGCGGCGGUGAGCACACCUUCUCCCGGAGCGCGAGCGUCCGCAAGCAGAUACAGUACACGCUGCGCCGGCAGGAGUCUGAGGCGCUGAUACAGGAGCUGUUGGACGGUGAUGUGGCGUCGGCAUCGUCAUCCACAUCAUCUCCAUCGCUCUCACGCACGCAGCACGCCCGCCACAGUCAGCAGCAGAAGCUGAACGAACUCGGCGAAGAGGAACAGCAGCAGCAGCAGCAGCAGCAUCAUCAGCAGCGGAGGGAGGUGGAUUUGCGGCUUGGCGGGAGUGUUGGUGAUGAUGCCGGUGCUCGCGAUGGCAGCGGCAGUGAUGAGGACGAGGAGGAAGGCCCGCCACCGCCACUUCCAACAUCAUCGCCACCGCCACUCGAUGUGCACGAGGAAGCGGAUGAGGAGGAAGCACGUUUGGACGAUGCAGAUGCAGGCGCGAAAAGGGAUGAUGCGGAGAAGAACGAAGAACGGGCCGCGACGACAAUGGGUGGUGAUCACGGCGCCACUUAUGGUGGCGAACGUGACGCAAAGGCGACGCACACGGCCGCACACGCUGCCGACACAGGAACGUCAGCAGAGAGCGAGGCCGCUGCGUCACUGCCAGCAGAAUCCCGCGUACACACGCGCGAUGAACGACCACUUGUCCUGGCGGAACGCAAAGCUUCACUGCGAUCGGCACUGGCCGACCACCUAGGCGGUGGCGGUGGCAGUGGCGAUGAUAACCAAAAACAGCAACAACAACUGCUGCAGCCUGGUGAGCAGGAGCCAAAGCUGGUGUGGAAGAAGCAUCAGCUGCACAUCAACAAAGGCCACGGUCCCCUCGGUUUUGCCAUCAAGAAGAAACGCAGCACAGAUCUCCCGUACCACCUCUGCACAGGCACGGUGAAGGAGGGUGGGGCUGCGCGCCACGCUGGACUGCGCACAGGGGAUGUGCUGUGCCGCAUCAACGGCCGUGAUCUGAGGUCAACCAGCAAGGAGCAGGCCACGUCGCUGCUGCGGCACGCAUCCGGCACCGUCGCCAUCACCGUGUACAGGCGGCAGCUGGCGAGCGAGACAAGCGGGCCGACAACACCGCAGAUGGUGCGGCGACAGCGAUUCAUGGCAGCCCAGCAGCAGCAGCAGCACCAACACGAUGCCGACCAGCAUCGGCAGGAGCGUGACCAGCACCAACAGUACGGGGAAGUGCCACCGUCGCCGGCGUCUGUGGUGACGGCCACAUCACCGCUCACGCCAUCGGGCGACGCGACGGGCGCAGAGGAGAAGGAGGAUAGCAGUGAUGCAAAGGGCGCUGGCGCAGUGGUGGUUGACUUCACGACGCCCAAGGAGCAAGAAGAGACGAUUGCAGAGAUGCGUGAUACAGAGCAGCGGGAGACGAAAGAGGCAGGAACAGCACAAGAGCAAGAAGCAGAAGAAGGGAAAACAACAGAGUCAACAGCGACGACGGAUCGCGUGCAGACCGAAGCAGAACAGCGGCAACAGCUGCGGACAGAAGAGGCAGAAGAGAGGGCGGAAGCAAAGGCCGCCGCCUCCGACACGGCCGCCGCUGCUGCUGCUGCUGAUGGCACCACCGACCAAGUCAUUGACGAAGACGAUGAUGAUGAUGAUGACAAUGAAGAUGAUGACGAGUUCCAUGAUGCUCGAACAGGUGAAGAGGAGGAUGAGGACGACGACGACGACGAUGAGAAGUACUGCGGUUUCCCAUCGUCGCCCGACCAGCGGGAAGCGCACGCAACUACCGUCACAAGAGCCGGUGCUGGUGACCAUGAUGAUGUUGGUCGUGGCAGCGGGCGUGGUGGCAUGGCGAUGUCUGGCCCUCCGUCGCGUUUCUCCGGUCCGCGAACGGAAUAUCUCCAGCGGCAGGUGUCGGCCAUGCGUAGUGUUGACGAGGAAGAGAUGCAGCAGCAGUUUGAAGAGGCGCUUGCAUCCACCGCUCGUCCGCAGGAGACGCGUGUACAUGUGACAACUGAGGGCGGGGAACCAAUGCCCAUCGACGCUGCGUUUGUUUCUGGCGCCGUGGACAACAACAGGCGUUACAUCAUGUCCCAGCCACCGACCGAGGACACGGCAGCCGCCUUCUGGCAGAUGGUCUGGGAUCAGGAUGUCAGAGCCAUCAUCGCUGUCUCGGACAGCAACAGCGGCGACGACAGCACCGGCGUAUCGUGUGUGCCCAACACACUAGCAAGCGAAACGUACGGACGCGUUGUGGCGGGUCUUGUAUCCAAAGGAGAAGAGGAGUGGUGGGUACAGCGACAACUGCUGAUUGAGUGCGAUGGCCGCCGCCGCCCAGUCCUGCACAUGACCGUGCACAUACCGACACCGGUGUCAACACAUCGCCAACACCUUCAAUCCCUGACAGCCCUCGUUCGCCACCUCCGCACCCUCGCCGCAGCCGCCGAAGGUCCGCUGCUGGUGUAUGAGACGAGCGAAGCCGAGCAAGAACAAGAUGGUGACAAUGACGAGGAGAGCCGUGGUGCCUCGGGCCUUGCUGGUGUUCUUGUCGCUGUUCACCGCAUGUACGACGCGAUUGCGGCGCAGCUGGAGCCCAUCAACACCGCCGCCACCAUCGCCGACAUGUGUGCACAGCGGGAGGGCGCCGUGCGGACGCGUGAGCAGUGCGCAACCGUGCACGCAGCGGUGCUGCUGCUGUUGGAGAUGGAACAGAGCGAACUGCAAACGCAGCUGGAAGCAACAGAGGAGCGUGCCCACUCACGACAACAGGCGUGGUCAGAUGCCAGCAGCAGCACGGCCACAAAGGACCAACAGCAGCACGAACAACAGCCGCCAUCCAAGUCGUCGCCUUCUGCAGUCCAUCCUGCACCACCCAAAUCCUCCACCGCAACACCGUCAUCAACAACAGCAGCAGCUGCUGCGUCAACAGCAACAUCAACAGCAGUGCGUGCACUGGAGACGGGCACGGCGUAUGGGCCAACGCGUCCCAUGAACGUGACGCAGGAGCAGCUGCAACACUUGCGGCAGACCCCUGUACAGCGCUGGCGGCACAACGACGUGCUGCUGUUCCUGGCGUACCUGGACCUGUCGUGCCUGCAGGCACACCUCUCGUCCAAGAAGGGGCGCAAGGGGCGCAAGGUGAACGGGCGCGUGCUGGCCUCUCGACCGCACCAGCUGCUGGCGUGUCUCGGCACCAGCGUCGCCAGCCACCACCGUGAGCGGCUGCUCGCCGGCGUCUCCGCCCUCUGUGCGCGCGAUUCCCGCCUCCUCUUCACGGCCGACCGCGAUGCAGAGCUGAUCAAGCACACGGGGGCGCACCAGCUCUCGUGCGGGGCCACGGCACUGCCUGCAUUUGUCAAGCGGGGUGGCGCCGUCGCCGUGCGCAUCGACUGCUCAGACGUGUGUGCAGGCAUGGGCCGCGUCAUGUAUGUCAUGCAGCCAAAGGCAGAGGCAACGACGGAGGAUGUGCUGGCGUUUGCGGUUGGCAAGUGCAACCUCGGCACCAUCCCACUCACGGCGCUGUCGUGUGUGCUUUACUCGCAUACCCACGACACGGCACGUGAGAUUGGGCCGUCACCGCGUGAUCUCCGCGACGCCGCCCUCCGCAUCGUGCACUCGUGCGGGGAGGAGGACAUGUGCAUCCGCUGGCGACACACGUGCGCAACCGGCAUGAAACGCGUCCACGUCGACAUUUCCACCCUCACUGGCGCAGCUGCCACCGCCGCUGACACAGCAGACCGCACAGGCAACAGUACUCGUGUGUCUGUGAUGGCGGGGCCAAGGACACCGGUGUCGACGGUGAUUGCAUCCGUGCUCGCCGCUGCUGCUGCUCCUGAAUCUGUGGAGUCGUUUGCUAUCGAGUUCUUUGACACGCGGCUCAUGCCAACAGAUGCCCUCGCACCGGCCUUUGCCAAUGGUGCGGAGAAUGCGCAGUUGCGCCAACAGCUUCAACAGCAGGCUGAUGUUGAUGACCUCAGACACCAGGUCGCUGCAUAUGAACAAGAGAUUGCACAGCUGCGGCAGGAGUUGCAGUCAAGCAACAACGAACGAGCCCAAGCAGAGGCAAAGGCAGCAGAGAAGACGGAUGACGACUCAACGCUGCAGGCGAAACUCAACGCGGAGGUGGCUGCCCUUGAGGCGCAGGUGGCGGCGGCGCAGGAAGAAGCGACGAAGCAGCUAGCAGCAGAACGAGCAAUGCGUGAGGAGAUGGAGCAAGCGCUCACAUCUGCAGUGCACAGCGGCAAUGAUGAAGCACUGCCCGCUGCCGCUGCCCUUGAGCGUGCUGCGUCCGCCCGUGACGCGAUGGUGCGUGACUUGUCUGCGCAGGUGUUUGCGCUGCGCCGCGCGUGUGUCGAGAAGGAGCGGCUGCGGUUUUCAGAGCAGAGCAGCGACUCGCCCGAGGCGAAGGAAAUCCAGGCCAUGCUCGACGAGAAGCUGAAGCUGGCGGGCGAGGUGCAGACGUUGACUGCGCGCGUGUACGAGCUGGAGACGGAGCAGGAGGCGACAACACGAUCACGCAUGGCCAUGAGCCCGGCGUCCCACGUCGCAUCGGUGUUUGGGGACGCGUCAGCGCGCAACUCACCCGCACUCUUCCGCCGCGCGAACAACGACCGUGAAGGCGACAGCGACACGGGCGCCAGCAGCGACGUGGUUGGGCCAACGGCGGCUGUGCCUGCAGGCACAAAUGGUGAUGGCGGUGGCACCUUGACGCAGCUCUUCAGCAUCAUCCAGUGCAGUCUUGUUCUUGCUGUGGAAGUGGAGAAGGCGGAUGAACCGCUGGGCAUGGCCCUUCGGUCGUCACGGUUCGGGUCAGACUCCAACGCCCUGUCGGUGAUUGCUGUUCGCGGCGUCACGCCAAACGCGGCCGCACACCGGGCCGGCAUUGAGAGCGGCGACCUGCUGUUGCAGAUUGACGACGUGUAUCUGGUCGACGCCACGAAGCGACAGGCCGUGGCCGCGGUGCAGGCAGCCGGCGACCGCGUGCGUAUUGUGCUCGCCCGUCCCGGUGGGCUUGACGUCGCAUCCAGGAAGGCAAGUGCACCGCCGACCGCAACCGCAACGACCACGACCACAACAGCCGAUGUUACGAUGGGUGCCGCUGGUGGCACCAGCGAUGGUGAUGGCGAUGGUGCUGUUCCCUCGGCGGGCAGUGGCAGUGCGCUGAACGACGACGCGGAACAGCUGUUGCAGCGGCUGCGGGAGAAGGAACGGGAGACAGAGAGCCUUCGUGCGCGCCAGAAGUCGCUGUUGAAGCAGCACGACGAGCACGUGGCCGCACUGCAGCGGUACGAGAGAGAGCGCGAUGCUGUGCUGAGAAAGGCAGCCAGCACCCGUGCCCGCCUCAGCCGCAGCAGUGGCAGCGACAGCACGUCGCACAUCACGACCGCCACGAGUGCUGUGAACACACCGUCACCGCCGCCCAACAAGGGCGAUGAGGGAGAGGCAGGAGAAGAGCACGAAGAAGAAGAAGAGGAUUUCCAGUCCCGGGUGUUUGGCGUGCUGGAGACAUCGCAGCAGAAUGCAGUGGAGGUUGAGCGACUGCGCGGUGAGGUGGAGCGGCUCAAGGCGAGUGUGCAGGAGUACAGCGACGCGCUGGCGAGUGCACAGGCGACGCUGGCAAAGGAGAAGGAACUACACACGUCCGCAUCCGACACGCGCGCGCGGGAAGAGCAGCUGCGACGUGACCUCGCUGCAAAGACGAUGGAGUUGGAUGUGCUCAAGGGGACAGCGGCCGCGAUUGAGGAGUCGCUGCAGGAGGCGCACAGCACCAUCAGCGGUCUGCGCACAGAGAACUUGCAGCUGCACGAAAAGCUCAACAGCGAGGGCGGCUCCCCGAAACAGACGGCCAAGCUGAAGGAGGUGAUGGCGAAACACAACCAGGAGAAGGCCAAGUACCGGUCCCAGCUCGAUGCCAUGAAGAAGAAGGUGAAGGAGGCAGAGGCACGCCAACGCGGCGACACCAAGCGGCUGCAAGGCGAACUGACACGCCUGCAGAAGGCGCUGGCUGAUGAGGAGGGGCGGGCGGCGCAGUUGGAGGAGAAGGCACGCGAGUUGCAGCAAGAGCGCGACGAGCUGCAGUCACGCGUGCACAAGCUGGAGACAGACGCAUCGACGCUCACGGCGCAAGCUAAGGAGGCGGCAGAUGUGCAGCAGCGCACAGAGGCCGCGAUGAACACGUCCAUUGGUAGUCUGGACCGCGACCUGCAGGCAAAGACGGCAGAGGCGGAGCGGCUGCGAGCGCGUGUGCAGGAGCUGGAGAAGCAGGUGGGGCAGCAGCGCAGCAAGCUCGACGGGCGUGCAGCCGACUUUGAGACGGGGAAGAAGGAGUACAGGGAGGAGAUGAACGCGCGUGUUGCGGGUGCGGAGGCGGCGGCGACAGAGGCACGGCGGGAACGCGACAAGUCUCUACAGGAGCUGGCGCAGCUGCGAGCUGAACUGCAGGCGAAGGACUCACUGGUGUCAUCACUACAAGAGGAGCGCCAUCAGUUGCUGCAGCAGGUGCAGCCCGGUGCAACAGCACGCCGUGGUGAUGGUGGUGAUGAUGGUGGCCACAGCGGCCAGGCGAAGAACGGCAACGGGAAGCCAGCGUCAUCAGAGCUGUGGGACAUUGUGUGCAGCAAGAGCAAAGAGGAGGUGCUGAAGAUGCUUGAGGACCGCGACGAGGAAGCGGAGCGGCUGCGCACGUACAUCGAAGGCCUUAUGGAGGUCAUCAUCGACAAGUCGCCAGACAUCCUGGAGCACGUCAACAAGCUCAACGUCUCGCAACACGGCUUUGUUGGGUCGCUGCGUCGCUCACACCGCCGAUCCAUGCGCUCCAAGAAGGACAAGAACGGCGAUGGCACCGAUGGCAAAACCUGACAAGCCGUCGUCUGUUUCCUGAGCGGUCGGCCGCGUUGUCGUAGGCGUAGGGGAAAUGAUGUUUCUGUUUUGUUGUGUUGCGAGAGCGAUGUGUGCGUGUGCGUGUGUGUGUGUGUGUGUGUGUGCGGUAGUGCGUAUGCUGCUGAUAGGGCAGGCGCAGACGCGGGGCUGGGGGCGGGGAGCUGUGCGCACUUCGUUAUCCGAGUGUGGGAAGGGACGAGGUGGUCAAACCCGGUUACGACACCAUAAAAGUUUUGGAU